CUACAAAUUUAUGGCAGUAACAUUGACGAUUCGAAUCCUCUCCGAUCGUAAUUAAUUGCAUAUGUGCGCUUGCUCGUUAAAUUUUACGCAAAUUUCGGGCCAUUAAAGGCCCGCCGCACAAGGUUAUUUUUUAGCUCCGGGAAAUCUAUCCACAAAUUUUAUCCACUGCCAUGGUAGCGCUCAUCCGCUGCUUCCACCCGCCACCGCGCUCGAGGUCCGGGGAGAUUUCCCGGUGGGCCUGCUCCCCGCCGUUCGAAUUUUCCGUUGGUGCCCCUGCCUCUGAAGAAACGGCUCUCCUCCAUUUUAAAAAGAAGGUAGAGGUGUUCCCUAUAAGAGUUCGAUUUUCAUCUUUGAAAAGCCAACUUCUGCCAAGAAAUGAUUCCCCGUACUUCAAAAAAGAUACACUUCUAUCGUUUAGGUCAGGAAGGAUUCAAUAUAAUAUAGUAGGAUUCAACUAUGGGAUUACAGAAGCCAUUACCUAUGACAAGGUAAUGACUAGUGCGAAAGCUCUAGUUGUUGUGCAAGCUUUGAUGUUUAUUUUGCCUCUUGAAGUACUUGCGGAGACAUGUGAGGCUGAGAACUCUUAUUUCAACAUGCCUUUUCUAUUUAUAAUAGCUCUUAUUGGGGCUACUGUUGGUGGUUUGCUUGCACGACAAAGAAGGGGCGAGCUAAGGCGGUUGAAUGAUCAACUACGUCAGAUCAAUGCAGCACUAAGAAGGCAAGCAAAAAUAGAGUCUUACGCUCCUAAGUUGAGCUAUGCACCAGUUGGGAGGAUAGCAGAAUCAGAAAUUGUUGUUGACCCUAAAAAAGAAGAAUUAAUUACAAAAUUGAGAACAGGGAAAAAUUAUUUGCGGAAUCAUGAGCUUGAGAAGGCAUUUGUGGAGUUUAAGACUGCUCUAGAGCUUGCAGAGGCGUUGGGGGAUCAAGUUGAGAAGAAGAAAGCUGCAAGAGGCCUGGGGGCAUCUCUGCAGCGGCAAGGCAAGUACAAAGAAGCCAUAAAAUACCACUCCAAAGUUCUUGAAAUAGCCAGCAAGGUUGGGGAAGACUCCGGCGCAACCGAGGCCUACGGAGCAAUUGCAGACUGCUACACUGAGCUUGGAGACCUUGAGAAAGCAGGAAAAUUCUAUGACAAGUACAUAGCAAGGCUGGAGAAAGACUGACAGGACUAAAGCGUUAACCAGCUUAGCUCAUGCCUUCAUCUCAUCUUCUCCCACAAAGAAUCGUUUGUUCAGUUUGAGCUUGACCUUAUAUGCAACGGCACAUUUCUAUUUUUGUACUAUUAUGGACUACUAAUUUUUCU